UCGGAAUUUCCUCGGAAAUUCCUCGGUAUAUUCCGAGGAUUUCAUUUUCCGUCGGAAUGUCCGUCAGAAUAUCGCUGUUUUCUUGUAGUGGGAGUUUUCGGUUUCAGAAUCUUUUGAUAUUAUCUACAAGUUUUUUGUCUUGUCUAGCUCGUUGCUCGCUCUUUGGAUUCUCCCAAUCUUUCUCCUUUAUGUUCUCAAAGGUCUGAUUUUUCUUCCCUCUUAAUUUUGUCUGUUUCAGCAAUUUUGCAUUAGAUGUUAGUUCUGAUAUUAGUUAUGUGGAUUAUGAUGCGGAGAGAUAGAGGGAUCCUCGUCACUUCAAACGGAUAUGGUUUCCACCGUUUGAUAAUAAGGAGCCUCCAAUGGACAAUGAUCACUCAUCUGGAAAUAGAGUCAAUCAUGUUAAGGGUGCUAUCAUUUUCUCAAACAAUGUGACAACUGUGUCCCCCACUUACGCACAAGAAGUUCGAACAUAUGAGGGAGGAAAGGGACUCCAUUCAACACUCAAUGCAAACUCCAAGAAGUUCAUUGGGAUCCUUAACGGCAUUGACACAGAUUCGUGGAACCCCGCGCAACGGACCCUUUCCUUAAGGCUCAGUUCAACGCUAAGGAUCUACAAGGGAAAGAAGAAAACAAAUACGCACUUAGAAAGUAGCUUGGACUUUCUUCAGCAGAGCCAGACGGCCUUUGGUCUUGGUUCAAAAAGGCGUGUGGCGAGAAGAAGCGACGACACUGGCGCUUAGCGCCUAGCGCCAUGGCGCCACAAAGCGAGCACUUCGUGUAUCCUGCAACAAAAAGGUACAAUAAAUCGCUGUGUUUAGCACUUUAGAAAAAUCUCAAAAGCGAUGAAAAGCGAGGGAAAGCGAAGGAUUUAUGUACCUCGCCUGGCAAUGAGGUCCCUAAGCGAUGAGGUCCUCGCUUUGUGGCGCUUAGCGCCUUGGCGCUAAAAGCGCUCGCUUUCUCGAACCAAGCCUUUGGUUGGUUGCAUAACAAGAUUAGUGCCACAGAAAGGAGUUCAUCUAAUCAGACAUGCUAUAUACAUAACGUUAGAGUUAGGUGGACAGUUUGUUCUCCUUGGUUCUAGUCUAGUCCCACAUAUUCAGUUUGUUCUCCUUCUUUUCUCAUGGUCCUGCUCCUAUCGAUUACAGGUAAUUUACUUCCUAAUCUCUUUCCCAUAAAUCUCUUUACUGUUUCGGGUUCGUGAGUUUCAUAAAAAUGUAAAAGAAAAACAGUUUGGUCUUGCAUGAGGAAGAGUUUCACAGGUUAGCCAACUUCACUAACGACCUUCUUGAGAACAUUGAGGUAUGUAAAGCUGAAGACUUUGACUAGUUUUAGACUCAUACUUUGUCCCUACUUAACAAUGUAUUGGCUUGGAACAACAUUGAUUCAUGUUCAGGAUUACGGUGAUAAUGUACAGAUUGAUGGUUUUUAUAUCAUAUUUGUUUAAAUUUUA